CUUCAUCACCCAUCGACGCUCCCGGAAUUGUAUCAUCGAACGACAAUCCAAUUGAAUCCAACUGAAUCCAACUGAAUCCGUUCCGCGAAGAAUGCCCGGCGACCGCAAGAAGAAGCAGUCCUAUCGAUCCAUCCACACCGAUUACAAGCCCUUUCUAAAGUACAUUCGAAACCACUCGGACAUCGACGACACCACGGUGGAACGACUCGAGAAGAAGUACGGAGGGGUUGCUAGCAACGGACUGGGAGACCUGGCUGGAACGAACACGAAUACGAAUACGAAGAACACCAACACGAAUACCAUGGACACAAGGGGCACCGUUGGAGCCUCCUUUUCGUCGCAGGCCCAGGCGGCCGCGGCCUCCCGAAAGGAGCGCGACGACGCCCGGCACGCGGACCUCCACGCGAACUACCAGCACGGGUCCUACACGGACGGGGACAAGAUCUUUUUGCUCAAGCGGGAGAUCGACACCCUCCGGAGCAAGCUGAAGGAGGCCGAUCCGAAGGCGAAGAACACGAAGAAAAACCGCCUUUCCGCUCCGGGAGGCUCCGCCCUGGCCCCCCUCUCGGCCCUGCUGGCGGUCGGCCUGCUGCUGGUGGUGGCCAGGACCCUCCGGAGGAGGAUCGCCAGGGCCCGGGCGGGGGGAUCCCUGCUGGAAAGGGAGGAGGGGCCGGCCUCCGUCGAGCUGGGGGUGGCGGGUGUGACCGCGAAUGCGAACGCAAACGCGAACGCGGGCCAGAGCACGACCGGGGGCUGGAGGCCCCUGGUGCCGUUGGAGGACGCCUGAGGAAGCAAGGCCCAACGAAACGAAACGAGAACAAACCAAAACCAAAGCA